AUGGACCUCGGCUGCUUGGACUUGGGUUGCAUCUCCGUGUCAGACAAGCAAGGCACUAACGAUGCCGUUCUUGAUUCCCACAACAAGGAAAAUGACGCCACGACCACCGCGAGCCCCAAGAUCGGAAAGAAUAAAAAUUUGAAAGAGACUAGCCUAUCAACGUUGAAUUCUCUUAACAAAUCACAAAUAAAGAAGCCUUCUCAUCGUAGGACCUCUCCUCUGAACUGGUUCCCGCGAAAAAAAGGGGACUCCUAUUUGAAGAGGAAGAUCAAAAUGCUGCAGGAAGUAGAUGGCAUGAAUUUAACUCUUGAUGAGACUUUAGGGGAUUCUAAUCCGCAUUACUCAAAAGUCCUAAGGGAAAAAAUGGCAGCAAAAGAGGCUGCACAAAAGGCAAUGGAGGCACGAAAAGCAGCACUGGUGGAAGCAUCUUGGUGUCGCAUUCUUAGGGCAUCCAGGAUUCAAAGCAAAGAAGCAGAAGCACAGCUGUUGAAAGCAGACAAGGCUGCAGCUGAAGCUUUUGAAGAGGCAACAGCUGUGGGAGUUAUCAUGUUUGACAAACCAAAUUGCCCUCGGAAGCCAUGUAAAAUAGAAACAUCCACUGUUAAUGGAGGAGAGUCUACUACCCACACAGUCACAGCAUCUUUUGAGACUGCAUUUGACGUUGAUAAAGAAGUAGCUGCAGCUGUUAAAAUUGCAUUAGUAAGGCUUGGAAAUUCUCCUUCUUUUAGUAAAGAUGAAUUCAAAGAUCUGCUCCGAAAAAUUAGUGAGAAUCCUGAUACAAGUGAAAAUAAUCAGGAAUCGUCUGAGUUUACUUCAGAAUGUGAAUCAGAAUCUGGAUCAGAACUUGAAGUAGUAUCCCAGAAAGAUACUAUCAUUUCCCAAGAUUUGGAUCAUAAGAUUCCAGGUUUUGAGGAAAGACAGAGUAAAAACAGAAGGCAGUCAUUUGGUAAGCUUAAUAUGGCAAAGAUAGCAGACAUGAUGCUUGAGAGGCUUCAAUGUUUGCAAGAAGAUGAACUCUCCUCUCUUGCCACUAUAGUUGCUACUUGUGGUUUAAAUGCUGCCUUAGCGGAAGUUGAAAAUAGCAAGCUUCAUGAUCAAGGCUCUGCUGCUGAGACCCUUCCACACAGAUUUGGAGCGGCGAAGCCUGAAUACUUCAGAGAUGGGCAGGUGAGAAGGAAGCAAACUAUAUCAGAACUCCCAAGUCUAGACAAGUUUUUAGUUAAGCACAUGACCAAACUUGAGAAAGAAGUGCAAGAAGCCAAGAAUAGAAGGAAUAAGUUGAUGGAAAAAACUGAAACUGUUGAUGAGAAGGCCAAUUUAGAUAACAUUGGAAAUACCUCUGAAACCAUUCCAGGCUUGGGAAGCAUUCUUCUGAAGCAUGGUUCAAAGUUCGAAAAAGAGAUUGAAGAGGCAAAGAAAAAUUCAGGUGGACAUUUUGAAAUGCUUCAAAAGAGUUCACAGAGAAACAAAAUAUCUUCUGAUGCCAUUCCUAACUUGGAAAGUAUGCUGGUUAAACAUUCUUCAAAACUUGAAAAGGAAGUUGAAGAGGCCAAGACGAAAUUUGUGAAAACAUCUGCUACGAGUGACCAAAAAUCGGUAGUGGGCAGUCGUAAAAAAGAACAUGUCUCAGAACUCCCCAGCCUAGACAAGUUCUUAGUGAAACAUGUCUCAAGACUUGAGAAGGAAGUCCAAGAAGCAAAGAACAGAAGGAAGACUGAUGUACAUGAAGGAGUUAGGUUUCCUUAUCUGAAGAAGAAAGUUGAUUCAUUUGCAUCAGUUGCACAACAAAAGAAAAUGGCUAUUUCUUCUUCUGAGGAAGGAUCAGAGGGGAAAGAAAAUUUAGACUUAAACAAGGAUUUUGAGGAGCAUUCUAGAAUGGAGCAAAAUGAAGUUGGGUCUUCACUGCAGAAUCCUAGUGCAGAGGAAAUAAACUCACUUCAGAAUAUGAUGGCUGAAACUAAAGAGACUGAAGAUGGUUUAGACAAGAUUAUGGUUAAACCAGUCCACUGGUUGGAAAGGGAGAAAAUCCAAGCCUUGGCAAUGGGAAACAAUUACGAAUAUCAUACGGUCAAAAAGAAAAAGGGAGAAAGCAGUGUUACUCAAUGUGAGAGCUUGGACAAAGUUUUGGUAAAACAUGUUUCCAGACUGGAGAAAGAGAAGAUGAAGCAACAGUCAGAAGACGGAGCAACUGAAGUGAAAAGAAGUAAUGCAAAACUGCCUUCACAUAUGGAAGAAGCAUAUGGUUUGGACCAAAUUCUGGUUAAACAUAAAUCAAGGCUUGAAAGAGAAAAGGUGGCUGCUGCUCAGCAACCGGAAGAACAAACCAGAUUCUCUGUAACACGUAAAGAAGCAAGGGAGAGAGAACUACAAGAACAAUGGGGAGGUUUAAGCUUAGGAAACUCCAUGAAGCCACAUGUCUCGAAACUUCAACGAGAUAAGGCUGCUUGGAUUAAAGCUGAACAGGAGGAGAAGAGGCAAGGUACUGGUUUCUCAGAUUGA